AUGAGCAUGUUGUCUCGCGGUGCCAUCGCACCCAUGCGGCGAACCAGGCAGAGUGGACGCACUCCACCGCCGCCCAUAGGCAAGCGACGACCGCUUUCGAAAGGGGCGGACACGCCGCCUGUCCCGAGAUUGCAGACUCCCCGCACAUCGCAUCCAGCAUCGCGAGCCAGUGGCGCAGAAAACGAGCAGGACAACUCUGGGUUUGAGCUACAUUCAAGCUACCCUUCCAGUACCAAAAGAGUUGCAGAAGCCGUCAACGACUUCUGGAAGACAUUGCGACCAGGCAGCGGUGCGCACCAAAUAUCGACGGAGCCCCGCUGGAGAUUCAGUCCAUUAGCCAGAGAUCUGGAAGCCAAGCAGAGGACGACCAGGCCCAACAGACCGCAAUCCAGCGAGAAGCAUCCGGCGCUUGCCUCGCCUCGGGAACCAAAGCGACAUGUCGGGCAGGAGCUUUCACAGCCAUCGCCGGAACAAAGGACUCCGCGCCAGGCCGUCGAUGGAGCGCUGAGUCCGCGGCUGCAUGCUGCUGACAAGCGAGCAACAGGUUCUGAUGUACGCAACGUUCUCGCCUCUACCGUUCGUUGCUCUGCAACACCUCCUGCUGUCGCCUUGAUGGCAGGCCUGCCUUGCCACUAUGGCGAGGCAGACAAGUCCAGAGAGAACACUUCGCGUGAAGUUGCAGAGAAUUCUUCGCCUGCAGCCUGCCGGGAGGGGGAUGAUGGACAGGACCCAGCCACACAGAACCAACAGGUGUUCUGCACUGACAUGGAAAGCGCUGAUGGCAAGUGUGCAGCACUGCAUGGUGAUGGAAAUGAGACCCUUGAGCGAGCACGGCCAACAUCCAGCGAGUUGGGGCCUGGAAACUCUGCAUCUGAAUCGUCAGUUGCUGUGUCGGAAUCCAAGACCUCGGAGCAAUCGCUUGCACAGGCCACAAGUUCAGAACAGCCGGAACAGCAGCUUGAGGCUCGUGAGACUGCGAGGACUGCGAGGACUGUGAGGCAAGGGGCUGGGUCUCACAAGUUGAGACAUUUGAGAGAUGGUGCUUUCAACGCUUGUGACGUCGCCGGCGACGGCGGCGACGGCGGCGACGACAUGGAAGCCCAGGAAACAGAGAACCUCGAGAAAGAGCUCAAGAAGCCCAUGGAGUCGGCCAUGAGUCUGAGUGAUUCGAAAGAGAAAGAGCUGUCUGAGAUGUCUGAGCUACAGCAGCUACAAUCUGGGGAGUCUGCGGGCCCUGCGGGCCCUGCGGGCCCUGCUGGCCCUGCGGGCCCUGCGGGCCCUGGCCCGGGCCCUGUGGGCCACCUGGGCUUCCAGAAUGGGCAGACAACGAGCCAAGCGCACGUCGAGUCCGACGAUCCUGUGGUGACGCAGCUCUGGGUUGACUGCAAGAGCUUGCGGCAAGAAAUGGCAGAACUUCUGGAAGUUGUGCAGCGGACGUGCAAGAGAUGCCAUGUCUCUCCGGCUAGCCUCACUCCAGAUUUGACUCCGAGAUCUCGCGGACUGUCUCAUAAAUCGGAAUUGCGGAAGCUCGUUGAGGCGUUGUGCCAAGCUCACGAAUCAGCAGUCGCGGCCGCAGAGAUCACAGAUUCCCAGGCUCGCAGGGCUAGAUCACCUGAGUGCUUGAGACGACGACAGUCGUCUGCACCAGCUCGUGCUUCUCGAUCCGAACAUCUCGGACAAGACUCCGAGAGAGAGGUUCUUGAACUGACGCAGGCGGUAGAGUAUCUUCAAGGCAAGUUACAUGCCGCCGAAGCAAGGGAGGCAGAGCUGAGGAGCCGCUGUGAGCGCUGUGAGCGCUGUGAGCGCUGUGAGCGCUGCGAAGUCCGCGAGACAGGAAUCCGUGCGCAAGAGCCUCCCCGGUCACAAAGCGAAGGUGCACCAGAGCGAGCGCCAGAGCCGGAAUCCAAAGACGAACUCCCGGACCCUGUCCAAGCUGCGCCAGGUGAACCAGGACAAAUGAUGCAUGCCCUGCACAAGGUGUCGCGGGCAUCUUCCUGGGCCUCCCUGGACUCCGGAACUCAGCUGUUGCAGCUGGCUGUUGACAAGCAAGCAGAGGUGGCGGCGCUCGAGGCAUUGAGUGAAACCGCCCCUCCUGGAAGUGAAGAGUGGAUCCAGGCAGCAACGCAACUGGCGGCGGCUCGUGAGGAGCUUCGCCUGCUCGGUGAAUACAUCCAGCCAGCACAGGCUGCCCAGGCUAGAAUCAUUGACGAAUCGUUGCCCAAAUGA